CACAUAUAUUCAACAACCACACCACAACAACCGCAACAAUGAAACGUAUAACUCAAUCCCAUCUAGCCUCCCUCCGGCUCUCCUCUUACUCUCCAUCUCUCCGCCUCUCAGUCUUCCCCAUCCAGCAAACCACGCAAAGAACCCGCACGCAAUAUAUCUCCACCACGACAGCCCAACCGGCCACAGUGCAACCUCUCACAGCGUCGGGUCCACCGCCCAAGGUACCCGUCCCCAGCGCCGAACAUGUCGAUUCGAGGGUUGCGAGACGGAGGAAACAGGCGGAGUUAAUGAAGAGGGGGUUGGAUUUGAAGGCUAUUGCGGGGGGGACGGGGGGUGGGAGUGCGAAGACGAAGAGGUUUUGGAAGGAGGUUAGGGUUGUGGAGGUGGAUGACGGACUCCAAAUCCACCUCGACACGCGCCCCCUCCGCCGCCCCUCCAAAGCCAUCCUCACAAUCCCCCGCUCCAAACCCGCCCUCGCAACAGCCAUCGCCCUAGAAUGGGACCUCCUCACCUCCGCCCACCAAGCCCUCCAACACCACCUCAUCCCACUCACCUCCCUCGUCUCCCGCGCCCUCGACAUCGCCGACGAGGACGCCUCCCCUUCCUCCAACACUCCAGGCCCAAUCCGCUCGGGAAUAGCAAAUACACUCAUCCGAUACCUCGACACUGACUCCCUCCUCUGCUGGGCGCCUCCUGCGUCGCCUGAUCCGCCCGGGUAUGAAGACCAUGCUAGUAGGAAGGCGGAGGAUCUCCGGAGUAUUCAGAAGAGGACUGCUAUGCCGAUUAUUUCGUAUUUGACGGAACGGGUAUGGCCGGGCGUGGAGAUCGUGGAGGUUCUUGAUGAGGGGAGUAUUUUGCCGAGGCCGCAGCCGGGUGCGACGAGGGAUGUGAUCAUGGGGUGGGUGGUGGGGUUGCCGGCUUGGGAGUUGGCGGGUCUUGAAAGGGCUGUUCUUGCUGGGAAGGGGAUGUUGGGCGCGGCGAGGUUGGUGGUGGAGUGGAGUGAGGGGUUGGGAUAUUUGAGGGAGGGGGUUGAAGGGGUGGGAAGUGGGGAGGGACAGGAAAAGUUUGGAGUGGAGGAGGCGGCGAGGGCGGCGAGUUUGGAGGUUGAUUGGCAGACUAGGAUGUGGGGUCAGGUGGAGGAUACGCAUGAUGUUGAGCAUGAGGAUGUUAGGAGGCAGCUGGGGAGUGUGGUGUUGCUCGUUUCGGGGUCUGGAAAGGGCAAUGGAAAGCAGUAGGAAGAGACGGAUAUGAAGAGGAGCACAGAUGGGCUUCCUGAGCCGAUCUUGGAUGUUAUGAGAUGAGGAGUCUCAUUGUAUGUUUGGGAUUGGAUUCUCAUUUCCAAUAAAGCGAACAAAAUGGGGGAUGUAUGCGAACGGGAAGAACAAGAGGGGAGAUUGUAAGAACGCCAUAUAGAACCCGCACGCAAUGCAAUGCAUUGUAAGAUACCAAAAUAUUUAUAGCAGAGAAUGUACAGUAUAGUACAAUACCUACUUAGGACUCACAAACCCUCAGAAUCCCAAAAUAAGAGUCUAUCUAACUCCCCUUCCCUUGUCUGUCACACUUGAAAAUACAGACUCCUAGA